CAUUUUUUUUUGAGACACUCAAUGCUCUCAUAGAGCUUUGACUUCACCUUCCAUCAUGUUAUGAUGGAUGUCUUGUUAACUGGAAAUACUUUCUUGCCAUGCCUUUUUGUUUCCAUUCAGUUAUGGGCAUAAAAUGGUAAUCUAGGUCUACGGCCAAGUAAAUGUGUUGCUGUUGGAACUCAUGGUGCUUUAGAAAUUCCAAUUCCAAUAUUCCUUUUACCCCCUUAACUGAAAAUGAACAUAAGUCUUAAAACAACUAAAUUCUAAAAUAAAGUGAGUCUAAAGCACAGCGGGCAGAGGGAUUAGCAGAUUGUGUGAGUGCAUGCUUGUGUGAGUGUUUGCUUGUGUGAGUGUUUGCUUGUGUUGUCAAAUAAGAAUUGUGUGUUAAAAAUUUAACAUGAGCUUGUGCUCACAUGAAAUGCUGCUGAAACCAGCUUAAAGACAUAAGUUGGAUUGAAAAGGACACACAUUGAUAAUUCAUGAACUAUGCACUUUUUGUAUCUUACUGCACAAAGCAUGCUAUUUCUUGAGAAGAAUACACUAACUCAUCUUGGCCGAGCUUUGCAGUAGCUGGAGUAUAUAAUAGGGUCCAGAUUUUCUUGUGGUACACAGUCAGUAUUUUGUUUUCUCAGCACGAGUAAUCUUUUAGCUCGUAGUCUUUAAAUAUCUUUCCUCCUAUCAGAACUAGCACUUCAGGAAACAAUAACUCAGCAAGUGAUCAAGUGUUGUAGGAGUACUUGUUUACCUUGGCUGCGUAGAAUAAUUAUGCAUGUCCACCACCAAGCAAGGGAAAACUGAGUGCAAUCUUGAGCUCUGAUGGAGUUGGGUUGAAGGGUAUCACCCCUGCUGUCGGCCUUGCUCCUCGAGUCUAAGCUUCAGACCCUGAUGGCGAUCCGUGAGGUGAUGAAGCAAAUCAGGCAGAAGGGCAAGGCAUUCGCUGAGACUAAUCUCUUGGAUUACCACAUAUAUCUGGUGAUAUCAUUAUGCACAGGUUUGCCAGGCAAGAUAUCAUGCUUUCCGAUGGGAUCAAAGAUCUGGAAGGACGCAGUCGAGAGCCUUCAGGUUAUGGAGCACCUGGUGAUAUCAUUACGCACAGGUUACGCACAGUUGUCAGGUUAUGGAGGGCUCGGCAUCAAAGAUCUGGAGGCCUUCAGUCUAGCGUUUCGCCUGAAAUGGCAAUGGUUCCGAUGGGAUGAGGAGGAUCGGCCAUGGAAAGGCACAGCAACGCCUUGUGACCAAUCUGAUAUGGACCUCUUUGCAGCUUGUACAAACUAUCUCUUUUGAGAAUGCUGAGACCACGAGGUUUUGGUCUGAUUGUUGGCUCAAUGGACAGGCUCCACGCCACAUCGCACCUCUCUUCCACCCAUUGGCUUCGAGGAAGAAUCUGAUGGUCAAGGAGACCCUCAUAGGCAGCCGAUGGAUGAGAGGGCUGCACCGGCUGGUCAGUGAAGCUAAGCUUGAUCAGUUUCUGAACCUUCGGACUGCUAUUCAGAGCGUGCAUCUCACUGAGAAUACACUGAGAAUAGAGAUACGAUUAUUUGGAACCUUACAACUGACAAGAAACAUUCGGCUUGCUCUGCCUAAAACGUCCAGUUCAUUGGCAUGCUCAAGCAGCCGCACCUUGAGAUUUCCCUGGGAGAUAAGAGCAGAGGGAAAAGCCAAGUUCUAUUUCUGUCUGCUGCUACUAAGUAGGAACUGGACUGCGGAUCGUCUGCUGGCAAGAGGAUGGCCUCACAAUGAUGUGUGUUGCCUUUGUGAUCAGCAUCCUGAAACGGCGAACCACCUAGCCUUGUACUGUCCUUACGCCAAGGAGGUGUGCAUGCAGUUCCAAGGGUCACACCAAGAUGUUGUUCAGCUAAUUGAUGCAGCCACGGCGAUCCACAACUGGUGGGUGAGGGCCAGAAGAACAAAACCUGAUGAUCAGCAGAGGAAGAACAUCUCACUUUUGGUAUAUGUAUGUUGGGAUAUCUGGAAAGAGCACGGAAGAAGAAUUUUUCAGCAAGAGUCGAAGCCGGCGCAUGUCGCCACGAGUAUGGUCAGAGCUGACUUUGAUCUCCUGGAGUUAGCCUAUGAUAGAGUCGGUAUAGUCACAAAUAUGCUAGUACGGGCCUGACUGCUUCGGCAACCAUCCUAGGUGUUUUUUUUUUUUCUUUCUUUUUCACCUGAGUUCCUGCACGUUGUGGUGCCUGGGUCAUUUGUAUUUGGAUUGUUUUCCCUCUCUGUAGUGCAAAACCAGAGCGCCUGCUAUUUCCCUAAAAAAAAAGAGAUAUCACGCUUGAUGCAAUUUUGAUGGCUAGGCAAGGGUUGCACAAUGCCUUUGCUCCACAUGUUUCAUGGUUGCUCUGAGAUUGACUGAUAUUCUCAGUUGCCGACCUUCUGAAAGAAAUCGGAUGCUCAGAAAUGAUGGUGUCACGGUGUCCUAUGACCUCUCAACGGACAAGCAUGCACAAGAGUUGUUUCAGACAGGAAAGAACCUUCUUACGGGAAGCUAAGCAAGGAAGAUUGUAAGAUCAACAGCAUAGAGCCAGUGCCUAAGAGCUGCGAGGUUGUGACCAUGUGCACACUCGCACAGGUAUGCUCACCAGGUAUGAGAAGCUCCUUUCUGAUGAGAGGAAGCUUAGGUGUCUAAAGUUUGUACAGUAUGGUAAGGUUGCUAUUAUGCUAUAAUACUUGCUUAAGAUCUGUAACUGAGCAGCUGUAUAACUAGCUUUAAGAUCUGUGUUGUUGAACUCAGUUAGUUGUAUUGUAUGUCUAGCUUUAGGACCUGUAGUUGGAAAAUUGUAUAACCAGCUACAAGAUGUGUAAAUAUUGUAUCCUUGCAUAGUAAUACAACUUCCGAUUAUGUAUAUAUGGUCGUCCAACUC